AUGACGGCACUCGACAGUGCAAUGGGUCUUGCAGUAAUGAUGCACAUGUCAGAAGCCUCUUCACUCGCCACUCUGGAGCUUCGAUACGAUGAAAUACGUUGUCCUAAGGCCCACUCGACAAUAGAGGUACGCGCGGUAUGCGAACACAUUACAGACGACAUCGCUUAUCUGGUUGCAACCGCAAAUGAACCAGGCGUCUCGAGCCCGUUUGCACACGCCAUCGGCCGCUUCAUUUUGACCGGUGCACCAUCAGGAUUUCUAGAUCAAGCGCUACAGAUGAUGAAGAAUAGGUUGGAACCCGAAGACAGAUUCAUCGGAAACCCAAUGUUGCGAGCAUUUCACGGAGGCAUCAUCUGCAGCGCACUGGAUUGCGCAAUGUCGCUCACCGUAAUGUUGGCCAACAAUCUGCAAGCUCCACCCCAAUUGAUCAACCAGACGACAAGCUUUCUGGGCAGCGCGACGGCAGAUAAGCCCAUCAAUGUACUGGCCGAAAUCACCAAGCCAGGCAAACGGAUCCUGGCCGCUCAUGCCCGCGCGUACCAGGACAAUCCGGAUAUGCUGGUUGCAAAAGGAUGCGAUGUCAAUUCAGCAGAUUCUGCGCCACCUCCUCCAGGUGAAAGCAAGGUUGCCCCCCUCCAGGUGGAGGUGUUGCGUACAAAACAGUCUGAAAUUGUGGAACCGAUUUUCGUCACCGGAACAGUGCUUGCCCACAAAACAACGGAUCUCGUACCUUUAGUUGGCGGUAUGGUCGAAGAUAUCAUGGUGGCUGUGGGUGAUCGGGUAAAGAAAGGCCAACCUCUUUUGCGCAUGCGGCAGCGCGACUUUGAAAUCAAAGUAGAGCGUCUGCGACAAGCCGUUCGCCUAUCCACAGCCGAGCAACGUAAUGCCCAAGUCGAUUUUGAAAAUGCUUCCGCACUCGUGAAAAAAGGUGGAUUGUCACAGGAACAACUGGAUGAUCGAAGAACUCGCUAUGAGGCAACAACUGCUCAGCGUGGUAUCGCUCUAGCCGAACUGGCUGAGGCUGAAUUGGCGUUGGCGGACGCGACCACCCGCGCACCCUACGAUGGUGUAAUAACCCAACGCAACGUCGAUGAAGGCGCUUUCGUCUCUUCCUUCAUGCGUACGAGCGAGCCCGUUAUACAGAUCCAGAAAAUUGACAUUGUGGUUGCAGUGAUUUUUGUCCCGGAAGUACAUUUGGCAUCGAUCAAGUUGGGCACACCAGGGAAAGUCAUCAUUCCUGGAUUAAAUAAGUCUUUUUCUUCUGAAGUCCACCUGAUUAACGAUCGCCUCGACGUUCAAACUCGCAGCAUUGACGUUCGCCUGGGUAUCCAGAACGCAGACUACGCCAUCAAACCAGGAUUGUUCAUCGAAGUGGAACUUUACCCUGCAGCGCGAAGCGCAAAGACAUUACCGAAGCACACGGUUCGUGGUCUUGGUAGCGAUAGAUACAUUUUUGUUGUGGAAAACGGCCUCGCAAAGCGCCGUUCUGUAGAAAUACGUGAGCUUGGCAAUGACCAGGUGGAGGGCGCCCGGUUAAUGUGGCUUUCUGACCUUUGUAUACGUCGCCCGGUUUUAGCCUGCAUGAUGAUCGCGAGCCUGCUUGUACUCGGCGCUAUUUCCAUGGGUCGUGUUGGCAUUGACCUCUUUCCCAGCGUUGAGUUUCCGUACAUUACCGUCGAAACGACCCUGAGCGGAGCAAGUCCCGGCACGGUCGAAACAGAAAUGACUGACCCGCUCGAAGAAGAGGUGGUUGCAAUCUCAGGCAUUGAGAGCCUUCAAUCAGUCAGCAGCGAAGGCUAUUCGCGACUCUACGUCGAGUUUGGACUGUCGGAAGAUGUUGACGUCAAAGCACAGGAUGUAAGAGACAAAAUCAAUCUUGCGACGCCCAAUUUACCAGAAGGUAUCGACCUGCCGAAAGUUAGCAAAACCGACCCUGACUCCGAACCAAUCCUAACGAUUAUGCUCUCCGGCCCCAUGUCUAUUAGAGAGCUAACAACAUUUGCCGAAGACGAAGUUAAAGAACGCCUGCAGCGCGUGUCCGGAGUGGGCGGCAUCAAAGUUGUCGGCGGCCGAGAGCGGGAAAUACGCAUUUGGUUAGAUGCCCUGAAACUUCGAGGUUUCGGCAUCACCGUUGAUGAUGUCAUCAACUCGAUACGUCGAGAACAUGCCGAGAUACCCGGCGGCAGGAUGGACUAUAAAGGCGGUUUAUCCGAAUACACCAUCAAAACCAAAGGCGAAGUCAAUCAGGUUCAAGAUUUCGCGAAUAUCGUCGUUGCACAAAACGGACCGGGCUAUGUUCGUGUGCGCGAUGUUGCUCGUGUAGAAAAUGGUCUAGAAGACGAGCGCUCAUACGCAGAGUUAGACGGCGCGCCCGGUGUGAGCUUAGAAGUUCGCCGCCAAUCUGGAACGAACACCGUUGAAGUCGCCCGUGCGAUCAAAGCUGAAAUUGAAAGCAUUCGCGCUGAAGCGCCCUCAGAUAUCAGACUGAUAGUUGCACGCGACGUGUCGCGGUUCAUCGAAUCAUCUGUGCGCGACGUCACCUUCGACAUUAUUCUGGGUAUCGGGCUUGUUGUUAUCGUGACACUCGCCUUUUUACUCAGCAUUCGAGCAACACUCAUUGUCGCAACCGCAAUACCUACGGCAAUCAUCGCGACGUUUUUUGCAUUUUAUAUGCUCGAUUUCACAAUAAACAUGAUUACCAUGGUCGCAAUUUCUCUAACCGUGGGCUUGCUUGUCGACGACGCUAUCGUCGUCCUUGAAUCAAUACACCGAGAAGUCGAAUCAGGCAGCGAGCCCAAGGUUGCCGCCUCACAGGGAACCAAGAACGUUGCCGCCGCGGUUAUUGCUGCAACACUGUCAGUGAUGGCGGUUUUCUUACCCAUAGCGUUCAUGAGCGGUGUCAUAGGCAGGUUUUUCUAUCAGUAUGGUUUGACCAUUGUGGUGGCAGUGGCCAUAUCCCUCUUUGUAUCGUUAACGCUCACACCCAUGCUGAGCUCCAAGCUUCUUAAACAAAAUGCACAGCAUGGUUUCCUCUUUCGUGUGUUCGAUGGCGGCUACAAACGUCUUGAACAAUUUUAUCGACGAGCGCUAACAGUCUCAUUUCGUGUUCGCUGGCUAGUCCUGGUGAUAGCCGGAGCUUCUAUUUACAUGGGGAUCCACUUUGCGACACAAGUGCCCAUUGCUUUCCAAUCAAAAACUGAUCGAAGCGAGUUUUUAUCCGUAGUUGAGCUGCCCUUGGGCACGGGGAUCCUCGAAACGAAAAAAAUAGGAUCGCGCGUAGGACAGGCAAUAGGUGCACUGGAAAACGUGGAAUUGGUGUUCUUGAGUAUCGGCGCAGACGCACAGGGUAAGGCCAACGUGAUCGACUACUACAUCGGAAUUACACCCAAAGCAGAACGGGAUAUUGGCCAACAGGUGAUUCUGGACCGGGUUCGUGAGGAAAUCACUGCGGCAGUUCCUGAAGCCAAGUUCGUUGGCAUGAAAGAGAUUUCCUGGUCGAGCAGCAGUAACUUUUUCACCGCGGAUGUCGAAGUCGCUUUAAGAGGGCCUGACCUUGCAAAACUGAAUAGCUAUUCAGAGAUCAUGAUGAACGAGAUGCGACGUUCCGGGAUGUUUGUGGACAUCAAAUCAACCUUCGAACUUGGUAAGCCUGAAGUCCAGGUGCUCAUCAAUCGCGACCGUGCAUCAGAUCUUGGCAUCUCGAUCCGCGAUAUCGCCUCAACCGUACGGGCCACGAUUGGUGGAUCAGAUAUUACAACAUUCGAAGAAUUUGGAUCGCGCUACGAUGUUCGCGCCAGGAUGGAAGAGUCCUACCGGGAUGAUCUGAGUAAAUUCGGAUUGCUACAAAUUCGUGCCGCCGAUGGAACGCUUGUUGAUUUCAGAAACGUAGCGGAGGUUGUCCUUGCCAGUGGACCUGCGCAAAUCGACAGGCUCAAUCGAUCUCGGAAAAUAUCCGUGCUUGGCAACGCACCAGCAGGUUUUGCCGUCGGCGAGUUAAUUAACGAAAUGGAUGUCAUCAUCGAAGACCUCGGCCUGGAGGCAGGUUACGAAGCCUCCUACCAAGGUGCAUCCGAACAAGUUGGGGAGACGAUGCAGGCCGUUUUGUUCGCGUUUGGCCUUGCAUUGGUCGCGCUCUACAUGAUCCUCGCUGGCCAGUUCAACAGCUUCUCGCAGCCGGUAGUCAUCAUGUCAACGGCACCACUGUCGUUUGUUGGGGCUUUCACCUUGCUUGCGCUCACGGGUUCCGAACUCUCCCUAUUCGCUCAAAUCGGUAUGGUCGCUUUGAUGGGACUCGUUAUGAAGAACGGUAUUCUGCUGGUCGACUAUGCAAACCAGGCCAUUGAACGUGGGCAACAGGCUCAAGAAGCCAUGUUAGAGGCAGGCCAACUCAGGUUGAAACCUGUGCUCAUGACAGCAGCUUCCACAAUUUUUGGCAUGAUUCCAAUAGCGAUCGCAACAUCGGAUGGUGCCGAAUUUCGAACUGCAAUGGGCAUCAUCGUGAUUGGUGGAUUACUCUCUUCUACGCUGCUGACCCUGUUCGUGGUACCCACCGUUUUCACUUUAUUUAGUGAUGCCGCUUCGAUGGCGAAGCGGCUACAAAACAAACUCUUACGCCAAUUCAGCGAAGACACCGAUAAAUCAUCAGCUUUGCCAUGA